UAUUAGGAACAGUCAUUAAUAAUUCCAACAUGGAUUCUGAUGCUGCACUAUACAUUAGCAGAGCUCUGAGCUAUUCAGUGAUUGCUCUAAGCUUCUGCAUGAAGUUUCCACAGAUCAUAGCCAUAUUUUCCUCCAAGGCAAGUAAAGGACUCAGUGCUAGAGGAUACUGGAUGGAAAUUGUAGGAUACUUGAUUGGAAGCUCGUAUGGAUACUUUCAUGGUUUUCAUAUAUCGACGUAUGGUGAAGCUAUUCUCUUAGCUAUGCAAAGUGCUGUGAUUAUUGCUGGUGUAGUGUACUAUGGACGACAAUGGUCACUAGAGAAUGCUGUCUAUGUAGUUCUAUUGUUUUUGUUUUGUAUUGGCGCUGUCUUAAAGGUAAUCCCUGCUAAUGUCCUCUAUAUUCUAUUGCUGUGUGCUCUUCCCUUGUCAGCUGGAAGCAAGUUGAUUCAGAUCAUGAAGAUCAGGAGCCUACAAUCCCAGGGUGAUGUGAGCAAACUAAUGUGGGGACUGGCUGCAUAUGGCUGUGCAGCAAGGCUGUUUACUGUUUUAGUUGAAGUAAAAGAUGCUCAAGUGUUUCUGAAUUUCCUGGUCUCUCUCAUCCUCAACACAAUAGUGGUCUUACAAUGUAUCUACUAUGGCAACAGAAAAACAGACUAAUUAAUGGACACACUUGGAUGUAUAAUGUGAUGUAGAUUGAUUUAAUCACGAUGUUUUUUAUAUGACAAUUAUUUCAAUGAAAACACCAAAAUAAUGACA